AUGGCCGAACAACAACUAGGAGUGCUGAAGGCACUCGAUCUUGCGAAAACCCAACUUUACCAUUUCACGGCGAUUGUCAUCGCCGGUAUGGGUUUCUUUACUGAUGCCUACGAUCUCUUCUGCGUUUCCUUGGUGACCAAGCUUCUUGGCCGACUCUACUACUUCAAUCCGUUGUCAGAAAAGCCUGGCUCACUUCCCCCUCAUGUCGCGGCUGCAGUCAACGGUGUGGCUCUCUGUGGGACCCUUGCCGGUCAACUCUUUUUCGGAUGGCUCGGUGACAAGCUUGGAAGGAAAAAAGUGUAUGGUAUCACUUUGAUUAUGAUGAUCCUGUGUUCUGUUGCUUCUGGUCUGUCUUUCGGUGACAAAGCCAAGGGUGUCAUGACCACUAUCUGCUUCUUCAGGUUUUGGCUGGGAUUCGGUAUUGGAGGUGACUACCCUCUUUCUGCCACCAUCAUGUCUGAAUACGCAAACAAGAAGACUCGUGGAGCUUUUAUCGCGGCAGUGUUCGCCAUGCAAGGCGUCGGUAUCUUAGCCGGAGGUUUUGUGGCGCUAGCAGUCUCUUCCAUUUUUUACAAAAAUUUCCCAGCUCCGUCCUAUGCAGUCGACAGGGCUCUCUCGACCCCUCCUCAAGCAGAUUACAUUUGGCGAAUCAUCGUCAUGUUUGGUGCUCUACCCGCAGCCUUGACUUACUAUUGGCGUAUGAAGAUGCCCGAAACUGCUCGUUACACCGCAUUGGUGGCCAAGAACAUCAAGCAGGCCACACAAGACAUGUCCAAGGUCCUACAAGUGGAUCUUGAGAUGGAGGAAAGAGCAGAGGAUUUCAUUAAAGACCCCAGACUAAACUAUUGCUUGUUCUCUAAGGAAUUCGCCAAACGGCAUGGUCUUCCCCUGCUCGGAUGUACAUCCACUUGGUUCUUGCUUGACGUUGCCUUCUACAGCCAAAACUUGUUCCAAAAAGAUAUUUUUUCGGCUAUCGGUUGGAUCCCUAAGGCAGAAACCAUGAACGGAAUCAACGAGGUUUACAUGAUUGCUCGAGCACAAACUCUCAUAGCAUUCUGUAGUACUGUACCCGGCUAUUGGUUCACAGUUGCAUUUAUUGAAAUUAUGGGAAGAUUUGCUAUCCAGCUGAUGGGAUUUUUCAUGAUGACCGUCUUUAUGUUUGCCAUUGCCUUCCCUUACGACCACUGGAUCAAACCAGAAAACCGUAUUGGAUUUUUGGUUAUGUACUCCCUCACAUUCUUCUUCGCCAACUUUGGACCAAACGCAACCACCUUCAUUGUACCCGCUGAGAUAUUCCCGGCUAGGCUAAGGUCCACAUGCCAUGGUAUAUCAGCCGCUACAGGUAAGGCUGGAGCCAUUGUCGGAGCUUUUGGGUUUUUAUACGCAGCUCAGCCCCAAGACAAGACCAAAACGGACGCAGGAUAUCCACCGGGCAUUGGAGUCAAGAAUUCUCUCAUCAUGCUUGGUGUCAUUAACUUCAUUGGUAUGCUCUUCACUUUUCUUAUCCCUGAGCCCAAGGGUAAGUCUCUUGAAGAGCUGUCCGGUGAAUCAGAAGUCAGGAAAUCAUUAGGCAGUCAUAACGUCAUAUUUUCUACCAGUUCAUGUUAA